AUGGGGGCGUCCACGCGGCUGCUGCGCGCGGUGAUCUUGGGGGCGCCGGGCUCCGGCAAGGGCACCGUGUCGUCCCGCAUUGUCAAACACUUCGAGCUGAAGCACCUCUCCAGCGGGGAUCUGCUCCGAGGCAACAUCCUGCGGGGCACAGAAAUUGGUGUAUUAGCCAAGACUUUCAUUGAACAAGGGAAGCUCAUCCCAGAUGAUGUCAUGACUCGGCUGGCCUUUCAUGAACUAAAAAACCUCACUCAGUAUAACUGGCUAUUGGAUGGGUUUCCAAGGACUCUUCCUCAGGCAGAAGCCCUGGAUAGAGCUUACCAGAUAGACACUGUGAUUAAUCUGAAGGUGCCCUUUGAGGUCAUUAAGCAACGCCUCACAGCUCGCUGGAUCCAUCCAGCCAGUGGCAGAGUCUACAACAUCGAAUUCAACCCUCCCAAAACUGUGGGCAUUGAUGAUCUGACUGGGGAGCCUCUCAUUCAGCGUGAGGAUGACAAACCAGAGACAGUUGCCAAGAGACUGAAGGCUUAUGAAGCUCAAACAGAGCCAGUCUUGGAAUACUACCAGAAAAAGGGGGUGUUGGAAACAUUCUCCGGAACAGAAACCAACAAGAUCUGGCCCCAUGUAUAUGCCUUCCUACAAACAAAAGUUCCACAAAUAAACCAGAAAUCAUCAGUUACUCCAUGAAGAAAAGCAUGCAUAACUAGUAAGAUGAGCAGAAGCUCCUGGUCGGUGCAUUUGGAAGCUCCUUGUCCUAACUCGGGCGUGUACGAAUUCUUUGAAAAUUAUAUUAGUUUCAUUUCUACUGAUUUUAUUCUGGAAAUUAAGGAUGUGCCAAAUGAGUCAGAUACUAAGAUUCGUCUUUUGAAAUCAUCUAGUAUGUUUUAUCCAGUUAUCUUCUAUGGGUGUGCAAUUUAAAAACAUCAGAGAGGUCUAACGAAACUUCUGAAAAAUCGUUUAGAGCAUGAUUAAAAGAGCAAUUGAUAGUAAUCUAACUUUUGUUCAGAAGAAUAAGUGGUUGACAAAGUUUCCCUAUUUUUCUGGAAAAGUAAAAAAAAAAUUCCAUGUCAUUUGGGAAAAGGAUCUUAUCAGAGGCUUUAGCUUAGACUGAUGCCAACAAAAGCCAUAUCUAGCACCAUGGUACACGGUUUUGUGGUAGAGUGUCUAUAAAAUUCCAGGAAAAAAAUAACACAACUGGAUUUACAGAUUAGUUGCAGGAUGCAAAUUCAGUGCUGCCUCUACUCUAAGAAAUUUAUAAGCUAGCCAUAUAUGUUGUAUUUAUUUUAUUGUUAAAUGUAUCUUCAGGUUACUCAGAAUUUUCAGUUUGCUAUAAAAAUGUAUAAUUAGCAUAUAGGAAAGUACUUUCCUAUAUGAUUUACAUUAGAAGUUGACAUUAUAAGUCUUGCAAAAAGACUGGAAUUGAAUUUUCAAAGAAAAAUGUAAAGACCUAUGUUUUCAGAUGUUACUUGGGUUAAGAGAUGUGCUUUUGGAUCUAUUUGCGUUUCUCUUUUUGAUCAAAAUGUAUGAUCUGCCUUGAUGAGUAACAUCUUCAAGUAGAAAAAAAAAAAGAAUAAAAAACCCCAUGGCACUAGGUGAAGCAAGCAUGCUUUGUCAUUAGGAAAUAGAUCAGGUUUGCCUGCGGAAAAUUCCUGUAACAAAUACAGCAGUCAUAAUUAGUAAACAGGUAUGGCAAUGAAAAGGAUUUACAAGCCAGGACCAGGAGACUCAUGGAGUUUGCUGAAGGAGUUUAUUCCUAAUCAAAGCAGUUGCCACCUGCUGGCGUUCACUGCUGUCCUACCUUACGUAUAAAGAACUCUGCUGGUGAACGUAACCUGAGCAGCGUUUUAAAGUCAGUAUGACUGGAUUCCGUAGCGGGGCAGGGGGAUGCAUGCUCAUGCUUAUGUACUGUGUGGCCGGGCAGAAAGAGUGGAGCAGUAUGCGAAGUGGAGAAACCUGACUGUCUCCCCACCGGCAUAUUUACUCUUACUUCGCUUGGUGCCAAAUCAAAUGAAACAAGGCCUUGUACAAGCUGUUAUUAACUGCCUUUGAAAAUUUGUUCCGUUUCAUUCUAGGCACUUAAAAUGCAACUACCAAUAAGUGGUUCUUAUGUAUCUUGUGGAGAAAAAAGUCUUUCCCUUUCUUUUGUUUUAAAAACUGUUUGAUUUUUCAAAAUGGACCAAGGCUUUUAAAAACGGUUACAGUAAACAUUCCAUUCUUUAUAAAACUUUCUAUAAUGCCUUAUUUGAAUGUUAAUAUUAUGUGCUUUCUAAAAAUGUUGUAAAUACUAAACUUAUGAAUUAUCAUUAGGUUAUCAGGCAUAUGUUAGUGUUAAGGUAUAGAAUACAAUUCCAUUAAGAACUGUGGAUAUUCAUUUUUCCUCUUAUAGUUCACAGGGCUCACUCCAUCCCACCACCUUCCAUUCUGAUGCCCUGAUGACUCACUGGCUUCUGAAUUAGUAACUGGUUUGUAGUAACUGUCUUAAAACAAUACACAGGCUGGUUUCAUUUCAUGUUAUACUUUAUCUCCUGCUAUAGUAUUGCAGCCAUACUGGCCUUUUUGACACCAUUAGGAAGUUUGGAAUCAAAAUCAGGUAGAAGAACAUGGCUGUGAAAUUUAAGUCUCUUCUUCCCUGUGACCAUUCUCUCCUCACCCCAAAAACACUUAACCCAAAGUUUGCACAUCCAUCCAUUACUUUGGGAAACACCUGCACUUUUGCUUUUUUCUUUAUUAAAGCAACCUAGAAGAACUUGUUUUCUGCUGAGUUAAUGUCAUAGACAGUUCUGAUGAAGAUUAUUCAUUGCUGAGAUGUGUGUCUGCUAAAAAAAUAAUAGUAAUAAUGCUGUAAUGACAUUAUGGUUUAUGUGCCACAUGGAAAUAUGUCUGGAGCUGAAUGCCAUGGCUAGAAGCUAGUCUGUCUUAGUAAGUCUAAUGAGAACAGUACUUAACCCCAUUACCCUAUUUUCUGAAAUACCAUAGUUAUUUUGGUGCACCUUACAUAAGCAGUGUUGUGGGAAAUGGAAAUCGGCAGUUAGUACCAUCAGAAAUUUUAUUCCUCAAUUCCAUUUGAAAUAUGUUAAAUACUGGCUUAAAUUUCUAAACUCCAGCCCAUACCUACUUUCCCUCUGGCUAUUUACAAUGGCAUUCCAGCAAAGAAAAAUAUUUUAGAUACUCAUAGUUUGAGACAAAACUUACCUAUGUUAAUAACAAAUUAUGGUAAUUACAGACCUCAGAUUAAAUUGUUGUAAUACUUGCAACCAACAGCAAGAAUAAAUUUGUAUUUUAAAACAUGUUUAUAAAUUGUCUUCUCAUUGACAUAAGAAAAUAUUCCCAGAUGCUAGUAAACUGCAGAAAUAGCUUUACUGUUUUCACAAUCUAAGAUUCUGAUUUUGGAAGUUAGAGUUUAAAAAAUUUAAAACACAAUCAAAAUAAAGUCUGGCUGUGCUUAAAGCUUUUGGGAAAAGCCAGUGUGCAUUGCAGUGUUCUUACCCUACUCUACGUAGACUGCCUUUUUUUCUUUUUUCUUUUUAAGUUCACUAAAGGUCAUGUUUUUUUCUAUAUAUAUAGCACCAAGUAAAGUUAAACUGUAGUUGCCAGACUGCACUUUGGAAGGAUUUUACCAAAGUGUAAAUCAAUCUGGUGAUGUGUCAUAUUUCACCAAAGGACUCUAAAUAAAUGUUUGAAGAGUAAAUAGUAUGAAGAAUCAUGCUGUUUAAAGAAACAAAUGAAAGAUGUGGGAAUUUUUAUCAUUUUCCUAUUUAGAAAAGAUCAAACUUCAAGUCUAAUUCUUUAAGGCUUAUGAGAAUGGUUGUGACAUAUCAGAUAGUAAGCAAUUCAUAAUCAGCGUUUAUUCAUCUUUGUAUCCCCUCCAUUAGCUUACAUAGUAAGCAAGCAAAUACUUACACCUUGCUGACCAGUCACGAGUGUACUCGUGUUUCUGUGUCCGAACGUUGCUGACCGGUCACGAGUCAACUCGUGUUUCCAUUCCCAAACAUUGUUGAUGGGUCAUGAGAUAAGUCGUGUCUGCACUUACAUUAAUUUAAGUAAUUUUAAGGUCUGAAAGCAAUGUAGAGUUUUAAAAGGGCACUCUAGACUGUUUUCUUGGUUAUCUUUGUUUAGGCUCAGAUUAUAAGAGGUGGGAGAUAGAGCCACUUCACUGCUUGGCACUGGUUUUCCUCUUUAUUAUGUGUUCGUUUUCUCAACUCAUCCGUCAGUAUUUCCAGAGACUUGAUGAGCAAUUUGUUUAAUUUUGACUUAUGGUAAUGUAAAUAUAAGAUAUAACAAAAUAAAGUACAUUUAAGUUUA